AUGUCCGACCCCGUCCCCUCAGCCUCAGAGCACAACCCUACCACGACCUCGACCUCUGCCGAAGACCGCAAAGCCGCUGCCGCGCUCUCGUCCCUCAACACAACCGAGAUAACGAGCGGCUCCCCAUCCGGAGAGGGGGCGGCCAAGGCGGCGCCGUCUGCUGCCGAUCAGGAGGCGCUGGGGAAGGCGAUGAGUCGGUUGGAGAUUGCGUCGGGCGCGGGGACGAAAGAUAAGGGUGGGAAGGAUACUACUCGGGGUGGGAAGGAGAUUAAGAAGAAGGCGGCGACUGCGACGGCUGCGGUGAAGGUUGCUGCGGAGGAUGUGACGUUGCUUGUAAACGAACUAGAUCUGAACAAGAUCAAGGCGACGGAGCUUUUGAAGGCGAAUGGGGGAGAUGCGAAGAGUGCACUUCGAGCGUACAUUCGACUCGGAGGCUGCUGUUGA